AUGAACCAACGUAAGUCUCGCUUUGAAACAUUGCCGAACUGUCCUGAUCCUUCACAAGAUCUGAACUCUGCAUCCUUCACAAGAACACUGCUGUCCUGUGCACAACAAGUCCCAUCGAAACCGCCGCAGUCAUUAAAAAGACAGUUCGUAAGUCCAGAGAUUGAGCAUCUCACUACGGAAGCAUCUAUUCCUGGGCGCAAAAAAAUCAGUCGAAGCAGCUCAGGUGAACAGGGCUCGAUAAAGACAAAUGCGGAAAGAUAA